CUUGGGGGAGAGCCUGGGCUCGGAGGUGGUCGGAGACCUAGCCUCUGGCCCGGACUCGGCCUUGGCCUCUCCAUUUGUCUCUCCCCGGUCCACGGUUCUUUCAUCUCUAAAAUGGAGGAAGGCAGUAUCCGCCCUCCCGGUACCACAGGGUGAUUGCAGGGUUGGCGCUGCCUCCAUGGAAACUGGUUCUCAAUUUGGCAACCUUUAGAGUCAUUUGGGAUGCCUUCCAGAUGCUGAGUCCCCAGAAUCACCAGGGUGGAAGAUGUCUAUGGAUGUGACAUUUCUGGGUACGGGUGCAGCAUACCCUUCCCCAACCCGGGGUGCCUCUGCUCUGGUCCUUCGGUGUGAGGGCGAGUGCUGGCUCUUUGACUGUGGGGAGGGGACACAGACACAGCUUAUGAAAAGCCAACUUAAAGCAGGGAGAAUUACCAAGAUCUUCAUCACACAUCUUCAUGGAGACCAUUUCUUUGGCCUUCCUGGCCUCCUUUGCACAAUCAGCUUGCAGAGUGGCUCUGUGGUCACCAAACAGCCUAUUGAAAUCUAUGGCCCUGCUGGGCUUCGAGACUUUAUCUGGAGAAUCAUGGAACUCUCUCACACAGAGUUGGUCUUCCCCUAUGUGGUCCAUGAGCUGGUGCCUACAGCAGAUCAGUGUCCUCCAGAAGAACUAAAAGAAUUUAUGCACGUGAAUAAAACAGACAGCCAUCCCAAAGAGGGACAAGGAAGAACUAUCCUUUUAGACUCAGAAGAAAACUCAUACCUUUUGGUUGAUGACGAACAGUUUGUUGUAAAAGCAUUUCGCCUCUUUCACCGAAUUCCCUCCUUUGGGUUUUCAGUUGUGGAGAAGAAACGCCCAGGUAAACUCAAUGCACAGAAACUAAAAGACCUCGGUGUGCCGCCAGGUCCUGCCUAUGGGAAGCUGAAAAAUGGAAUUUCUGUUGUUCUGGAAAAUGGAGUUACAAUUUCUCCCCAAGAUGUCUUAAAAAAGCCUAUUGUUGGAAGAAAAAUCUGCAUUUUGGGUGACUGUUCUGGGGUUGUGGGUGAUGGAGGAGUGAAGCUGUGCUUUGAGGCAGACCUGUUGAUCCACGAAGCUACCCUAGAUGACACGCAGAUGGACAAAGCGAAGGAGCAUGGCCACAGCACACCACAGAUGGCAGCCACAUUUGCAAAGUUGUGCCAAGCGAAGAGGCUAGUUCUGACUCACUUCAGUCAGAGGUACAAACCAGUUGCCUUGGCCAGAGAAGGAGAAACAGAUGGGAUUAUAGAACUAAAAAAGCAAGCUGAAUCAGUGUUAGAUCUCCAAGAAGUGACUCUAGCCGAAGACUUUAUGGUGAUUGGCAUUCCAAUCAAGAAAUGAACCCGGUAUUCCAGAAUGCAUCCUGACAUGUCUGUGAAUAUGUUACUGAACCAGCAGUCAAGUUGGUUGUUGUGGUGGUGGUGGUGGUUGUGGUUGUGGUUGGUGUUUUGGUCUAAGAUUAUUUGGGUCCUAAUAAUCCUAAAAAGGAUAGAGCUGCAUUGCUGAACUGACUCAGCAGCGAGAGAGAGCAAGCUUUUUGAUAAUAAAUCAUUUUAAAAAGAAAGAAAAAACCAGCACCUUUCUUAAAGACCAAAUUUGACAAAAUGAUAGACUAUUCAGGUAUACUUUUAGUUUUGUGGUUGCUGCCUCAGAUAUAAGCCAGUACCCCCAUGCAGUUCUGGGCUUGCUUCUGCCCAGUUUUAUUGGUGUUGUUGGCAAAGUACAGAGAGCUCAGCCCUCUUGGCUAAAAAUGGUGUUUUAGCAGUUUGUUGAAUCUGUCCAUGUUAUUAACAGAAUAGAGAAAAAUGUAAUGAGACAUUAUACAUGCAGGAUUGAAACUAGCAUAUUAAAUCACGAUUUGUUUGCUGGAAUACUGAAUGCAGGGUCAAGGUAGGUGUUUAUCCUUCAAUUAAUGUUUUUUUGGAACUUUCUGGUUCGUUCUAAACCUGUGGGUCUCAGCAGGGGGUGAUACCAUUCCCCUAGAAAUUAUGGGGGUGUUUCUUGUCAAAAUGAUGGAGUGGGGGCUGGAGAAGAGUAUCAUUAAAAUUUAGUCAAAAGGGGCCAGGGGUGCUAGAUCCUACAAUGGUGGGGUCAGUCUUGUACGAUGAAAAAUGAUCUCACCCCAAGAUGCAAAUUGCAGGCCUAUUGAAAUACACAGCAAGUUAAAAAUUAUACUCCCAGUGUGAAUAUGCUUUAUCAAAAUUAAUGACAUGAAUUGAACUGGUUAAGUCAAAUUCUUGAAACAAACAUUAGAGAACUAGCUAAGGAGAUGUUGGGGUUGUAAUACCAUGUCAGAUAUUUGACAGAAAUGAGCCAUGAACUAUAACUUAGGAAUCUGGAGGUAAAGAAAUUGUAUCUAUUAAGCUGAGGUUUAAUUUAUGUGUCCCUAUGAAUAAUUCUUUGAGCUCAGUUUUAAUAACCUAGCUUUUCCUUCUGAGCUGCCUUCCACCUCCCUUCUGUCUGCCGUGGGAUAUCUCUGACUCAUUUGACCCACAGUUUUUCUCAAAAUGGAAAGCUAGUCUCAAGCACAGAUUCAUUCAAAAGGAUUUCCUUAUCACAGUUUGGGAAAUGCUUUAUGUGUGUGUCCCUCUGGAGGCGUUCUCGUGCCCAUCAGUAUCAUAAAAACAGUACUGCUUGAAUGAUCACAAACCUGUCUUUGGUGCCAGAAAGACAUGAUUUCAGAGUCCCGUUCUGUACCUUGUGGUCUGGUGCAGAUUACUUAGUGUUUGUGAGCUUUAGCUUGCUCGUUUCUAGAAUGGAAAAACUAGUAAGACCAACUGUGUAGGAUCGCUGUGAAGAUUAAGACAGUGCAUAAAAGGAACAUCACACAUUGCUUACAGGUGCUGAGAAGUCCUGCAGUAGAGGGGCCUGUCAACUGUUUUGAACCCCUUUCUCAGUACUGUUCCACCACAUACUAUCUGUUAACCUUUCAGGAACCUUGAGAGUUUUAUAAUAGACAUAUUUUGAAAUUCUAUCUUGGUAUAUACUGUUAAAUUCUUUUGGGUUCUGGGGGUUCUCUCAUAAAAACUUUUGACUCCUGGGUGGUUCUAGAGUCUCUAGAGUAGUGAUAAUCAAGAUGGGUCUCAUUACUCAAGAUCUCAGUCAUUCUGAAGCAGUUUCCAGAAUGGUCUGAUUCUACCCUACUCUAGGCUUUUGCGCCACCAAAGUUUGACUAGCUUAAAAUGUAUCUUGGUUUCUGAACUCAAUUAAAAAAAGUAUUUAUUAGACGCCUAAUGUGUGCCCAGACCUGUACAUCUGGGAAUGGCUGGCUGGUAGUCCUACUGUAUGGAGCUCUUAAGGGUAAAGACUGUAUCUUAGUCACCUCUGCAUUCUUGGAAUUACCGACUCACAAUAAGCACUCAGAAAUGUUUAUUGAAUGAAAUGAGGCCUGAUAUAUGACUGCAUAAACUUUAGGACCUAAAGUUUAGGACUUGUGCCUAGCCCAUUUCAUUAUUGCAUUUGUCCAAAAAAUUUGACCACCUGUUUGGUGGUGCUCUGUUCAACUGAGUACCAGCUAAGUGCCAGUGCCAGGUUUUACUGCGUUGGGACUACGUAAGUGAAUGUAAGACAAAAAUUUCAGGCUCACUGUCUAGGUGGUAGAUACAGAUAGUAAAAAACAAAAGUAAAUAUACGGGUCCUUCAAGUACUCUAAUCUUGUAGCCUGGCACUCACUUUUGCUCUUCUUGAGCAUUCUUUGGUAGCUGACUUGAGCUGUGCCCUUAGAGUCAGGCCCUACUACUAUAUGGGCUAAGCCCUCAGAGACCAUGGGAAUGUGGGAAAAAAUUGAUACAGUGAAUCGAUCAAGCAUAGGCUAUAGAUGCAUGCUGAGAAUUGCUUCUUAGGCUCUCUUCUGGCCUAGAAUUUUUUUCUUAGUGGUAGGCCACAUUCUAAGAAUUUGUGGAGCUAGAAUUAUGAAUGAAGCUUAUACUGGACUUCCCAGAGCCUGUAAUCUGCUCAUGGUUAUAUGACUCUUAAGAGGGGAUUAGAAAAUGUAUUGUACACCAAACUUACUUGAUCACUGAAUUCUCUUUCGCCAAGGAACAUCUUGGAACACGGAGAAAUAUUAUUACCUAAUAACUUCUCAAAAUUACUAUAUUUACAUUUUUUACCUGUACAAUUUAUUGAGGUAAUGAAUUCCAUAUCUCUGCUUAGUGUUUUCCUUAUCAUAAACUGGCUCUUCAGUUGUCAGGGAUUUAGAAGUACCUGCUUACUUUAGAUUUCCAAUGCUCAGGAGGUGUUUAGACUUGCCCAAGUAGACCCCAGAUCUGCUCUGUUUUUCUAAUACUCAUGCUUCACUAAUACACUUCUAAUGAGCUUUUAUUUAUAAAAAGCAGCAUACGCUUGAUAGAUAAUCUUUUUUAAGGAUUCCAGAAAGAAGAUGAUUACUCAUCAUUCCACCACCCUGAGAGCAACUACUUCUUGUUCAGUGGUGUUCAAAUGAAGGUGUGGGUCAGUAUCAGUCAAGGUAGUACGUAGGCGGACAAGGUAGUACGUGGGUGGACAAGGGUGUGUAGGUAUGCAAAAAUACUUGGGCUGUGAUUCCAAAACCUCUAAUUCAGUUGGUCAGGGGUGGAAACCAAGGAUCUGCAUUUUUAGCAAACCCUCCGUCUAGGUGGUUCUGAGAUAUAUGGGUAGCAAACCACACUGGGAGAAAAAACUGUCUUUUUCUGUGC